AUGAAUUUAAUUCUAUUUAUUAUAAUUGUCGCGUUUUUCCUUUUAACUUUUAUUUGCCAAUUUUAUGAUGAUUUCAAUACGUUUAACAAAUAUUUGAAAGAAAAGCACAAUUUUGGUAUAAAAAUGAAUAGAAGAAAUUAUCGAUUAUUGGAAACGUGUUGGCAGAAUAAACUUUCUAGAAGUGUAAGAUUAAUGCAACAGUUACCAAAUAAUGGAAUACGAGAGAAAAAUGAUACAUCUUAUUACGAAAUGGGCGUCGCAAGACAAAUGAAACUGUCAAAUAGAGCUUUAACAAAAGAUGAAGAAAAUAAUAAACAGUCUAUGAAAAAUAAAACUUGUAUAUUUGAAACAAAAAAAUAUUCCCAUUUAGAAAAAAAAAUAUUCAAAGAAUUGGAUUAUAUGGAUUUUCUUAAAAGGAGCAGGACAAUUAGUGAUAAGGUUUACAAAAAAAUAAUACUUAAAAAAUACGGAUUACGACAUGCUUUACCUCUAUUAAUAUUCGUAUUGUUAUUAAUAUCACUUAUAUUGGAUUAUUCUUGUUCUUACGGAAUAAAAAGAUGGUUGUUUAAGGCAUUGAAACCCUUAUCACCUGAUUGGUUCAAGAACUUACAUAAAUUUUUGAGAACUUCGUAUUUAGGUAGUUUCUUCAAGUCUAUGGAAAAAGUAGUAAAAAAAACGGUAAAUUCUAGUGCGGGUAAGGAAAAGACUGUGAAGAUCAUAACUGAAUCUUAUGUAAGCAGUUUUAUGAUUUUUCUAAUUUAUGUAUUAGCUUUCAUUAUAUUAGGUAGCACAGUUAUAUUAUUAAUUAUAUACUACCAUAAAAAAGUUAAAAAAUUUGAAAAAAUUAGGUUCAGGAAAAGAUAA